AGGAGAGACGGAGACGUGGCAGCGAAGCGGGAGCUGACGGAUCUCGGUUUGAUUGAGGCCGUUGGUCUGUCACUUGUUUCUGGCCGAUAUGUGCUGUUACGGUACUUUGUUUGUUUACUCGCUGGUUUGUACUGUUGUCUUCAGUUAUAUUUCCGCGAAAGUAGUUGAAGACGUAAAGAUAGAGGUUAUAUAUAAGCCAGAAAAUUGCCCCAUGAAGAGCAAACGUGGAGAUGCUCUUAAUGCGCACUAUGAUGGUUACCUAGAAGACGGGUCGCAGAUUUAUUGCAGUCGUACAAACAAUGACGGCCAUCCUAAGUGGUUUAUACUUGGUGUUGGGCAAGUAAUAAAAGGAUUAGACAUUGGUAUGGAUGGUAUGUGUGAAGGGGAGAAAAGAAAAUUAACUAUACCACCUUCCCUGGCAUUUGGAGCAAUUGCUAGAGAUAAGAUACCCCCGAAUUCAACCCUGAUUUUCGAAACUGAACUUUAUGCAGUGAGGCGAGGACCACGAAGUGUGGAAUCUUUUCAGCUCAUUGAUUUGGAUGGUGAUAAAAAGCUUUCCCGUGAUGAGCUAAAUACAUAUUUAGAGGAGGAGUUUAAGCGAGAUAAUAGGAUUCAAGAUUCUGGUCACAAAGAGCGUGUCCUCACUGAUAUUCUCGUAAAGAAUGAUCAAGAUGGAGAUGGCUACAUUUCUGCCAGAGAGUAUAAUAUUUUUCAGCAUGAUGAGCUGUAGCAUUUCUGUGCCAAGAUAAUUUUACACUUACGUAACUGAAAUGCAGUAAUCCCACUAAGUAUUUUUUAAAACAACUUGUUUUGCUACUUCAGAACAGUGUUUAUUAGAAUCUCUACCUUUUGAUGUAUUGAAAUUACUUUUAAGCCCAAAGUAGAGACUGUGGAAUUGAAUCACUCCAGUUCAUAUUCAGGAAAUUUUGGACUGUAUUACAGCCAUUCAAAUAAAUAUUUUUAAAUGAUCAA